CCAACCUGCGCGGCGGAGCUGCCCAUUCCCCCCUAGUUGGAAAACGGUUUGCCUUUUCAAACAAGAAAAAAAAUGACGAUAUAUCAGGUUUACCCAAUCCCGUCGAUUUACGCGAAUAACAAAGUAGUCUAAAUCACGCGGCGGAACGACCAUGAAGUUGCUCCAUAAGGACAUUGAAAAGGACAAUGCCGGUCAGGUGACCCUGGUGCCGGAGGAGGCAGAGGAUAUGUGGCACACCUACAACCUGCUCCAGGUGGGAGACAGCCUGAGAGCCUCAACCAUCAGGAAGGUGCAGACAGAGUCAUCCACAGGGAGCGUUGGGAGCUCCAGGGUGAGGACCACCCUGACUGUGUGUGUGGAGACCAUUGACUUUGACUCCCAGGCCUGCCAGCUGAGAGUGAAGGGUACCAACCUAGAGGAGAACCAGUAUGUCAAGAUGGGGGCAUACCACACCAUCGAGCUGGAGCUCAACAGGAAGUUUACCCUUGCCAAAAAGAGCUGGGACAGUGUGGUGCUGGAUAGGAUCGAGCAGGCAUGUGAUGUCACCCAGAAGGCAGACGUGGCAGCUGUGGUAAUGCAGGAGGGCCUGGCUAACCUGGUUCUGGUGACCCCGGCCAUGACCCUGCUCCGUGCCAAAGUGGAGGUCACCAUUCCACGCAAGAGGAGGGGCAGCUGCACUCAGCACGAGAAGGCUCUGGAGAGGUUCUAUGAGGCUGUGAUGCAAGGGAUUCUCCGUCACAUCAAUUUUGAUGUGGUGAAGUGUAUGCUCGUGGCCAGUCCAGGGUUCGUGAAGGACCAAUUCAUCACCUACCUCUUCAGAGAGGCUGUUCGACAGGACAACAAGGUCCUGCUGGAGAACAGGCCAAAGUUCAUGCUGGUCCACUCCUCGUCAGGUCACAAGUACUCCCUGAAAGAAAUCCUGUCCGACCCAACCGUCACCAACAGGCUCUCUGACACAAAGGCAGCAGGAGAAGUGAAGGCGCUGGAGGAUUUCUAUAAGAUGCUGCAGAAUGAACCUGACAGAGCCUUCUAUGGGCUGGCUCACGUGGAGAGAGCAGCUGAUGCUCUGGCCAUAGACACUCUGCUGAUCAGCGAUAACCUUUUCAGACACCAGGAGGUUGCCACCAGGAGUCGGUACGUGCGCCUGGUUGACAGUGUACGGGACAACGGAGGAAACGUCAGAAUAUUCUCCAGCCUUCAUGUGUCUGGUGAACAGCUGACUCAGCUGAGCGGUGUGGCGGCCAUCUUGCGGUUUCCCAUCGCCGACCUGUCGGAUCCCGAGGACGACAGCAGCUCCGGGGAGGACUGAUCACUGGCCAGAGACAGGACAGAGGACUGCUGUGAAGUGAUGCGGAAAGGCAAAGACUCCCUCUACCGUCAGCCACUAAACUGCAGUGAUCAAGGUCGUGUUGGUUUCAGUUAACACAUUACCACGCCAACUGAUCGCACACUAAAUGCUUGAUGUUCUCACAUAAUUUGAUGUGGUUUCGCUCUUUGGGUUCGGACCUGGUUAGUGCUGCUGGUUCCCAGUUGCUCAGACUGCCACAAGGAGAUGGAAUGUAAAAAUUUCUUGUUGCCAAGACUAAAUUAAAAUGCUCAGAUUAAAUUGCUGUUUAUUUUAAAACGACUGUGGAGCGAUUACAAGAAAAAUUUGGGUUUUCUGAUCUACAGUUAGCCCCCCACUUGUUAUUUUUCAAGGAUUUCAUUUACAUCCAGUGUCUGCAAUUAAACAGCUGAAGCAUACAUGCCGUGUUGUUCAUUUGUUAUUGCAAAUCAUUCUAACUACACAGUAACUUGAGGCACGAUAAUAAAAAAUAGACAAUUUAUUGUACAAUAAAGAUGCUCUUU